GGGAGGGAGGGCCCCAGAGGGGUCAGGGGCUCCGAGACAGCCUCAGAGGGGUGUCAGGGCCAGCGGAGGGCGGACAGGCAGUGACCGAGGGCAACAAGGUGCAGGGAAGACGCAGACAGCCAGACUCGUCAGGGCUAAGAUCCCCAGCACUCAGCACAGAGCCACAGAGGUAGCUGGAGCCAGCCCUGGGAGACGCCCUGGUGCCAAACGUCCCCAUGGGCCACCGUGGGCCAUGGCCACAAGCUUUUCUCCUGUGGGCCGCCGUGGCCAGCCUGCUCCUCCCUGCCGCCGUGACCCAGCAGCUGAGAGGGGCUAGGCUGGCCCACAGCAACUGGAACAACAAUGCGGGCGUCCCCGAGCCCUCGGAGGACAUGUCAGCCGAGUUUGGCCACCACGUCCACGGCCACGGGGGCCGUGAAGAUGAGCACGAGGACAUUUCCGCGGAAAAUGGACAUCAUUCCCAGAGACUGUGGCGAGACCACGGGGAUGGCGGAGAUGAGGACGAAGACACCUCGAGGGAACUGCACCACCACCACCACGAAGGCCACAGGUACCGAGGCCACAAGGCGGGAAAUGACAACGGCUCGGAGGAGGUCUUCGCAGAGCAGGCCCACGGGCACAGAGGCCAGGCCUUCGAAGACACUGGGGACUCAGCUGAGCCCGGGAACCACUUCCCCGGCCACAGGAACCCCAGUCAUGACGAAGAGGACGAGGACGAUGAGCCGUCCAUGGAGCAUCACCCACACCUCCCCAGGCAUGCACACAGAGGCCACAGAGGGGAAGACGAUGGUGAAGGAGAGGAGGAGGAAGAGAGGGAGCAGGAGGCGUCCUCUGAGGACAGGCACCGGGCCCACAGGCACCGAGGCCACAAAGAAGAGGAAGACCAUGAUGGCGAUGAUGAUGAUGAUGUCUCGACCGAGUAUGGACACCACGUCCACAGGCACCGAGGCCACGAGAACGAAGAGGAUGAGGAUGUCUCCGAUGAACACCUGCAUCCUGUCCCCAGCCACAGACACCGAGGCCACAAAGAAGAGGAAGACAGUGAUGAUGAUGAUGAAGAGGACGUCUCCACUGAGUAUGGACACCACGUCCACAGGCACCAAGGCCACAAAGAAGAGAGAGAAGAAGAUGACAAUGACCAUGAUGAAGAGGACGUCUCCACUGAGUAUGGACACCACGUCCACAGACACCGAGGCCACAAAGAAGAGGAAGACAGUGAUGAUGAUGAUGAAGAGGACGUCUCCACUGAGUAUGGACACCAUGUCCACAGGCACCGAGGCCACAAAGAGGAAGAGGAGGAGACCUCAGAUGAACACCACCAUCACAUCCCUGACCAAGGCCACAGGCUCAGGGAAGAGGGAGAGGAGGAUGUGUCCACUGAACACUGGCACCAGCCUCCCAGACAUGCCCACCAUGGCCCCGAAGCUGAGAAGGAGGCAGAGGAGGAAGAGGAGAUCGCAGUCAAGUUCAGCAGCCAUGUUGCAAGCCAUCGACCCCAAGGCCACAAGAGCCACGAGGAGGAAGAUUCCACAGAGAAGGACAAAACAGAAGUCCCUGGUCAUCACCACCAUGCGGUCUCCAGGGAGAAAGAUGAGGACACCUCUGCUGAGCUUGGCCCCCAGCCCCCCAGCCACAGGCAGCAGGACCAUGAGGAGGAAGGGACUGUCCGUGGUCACAGAGGGUCCAUCCUACCUGACAUCGGCCACCAGCCCCCAGAGCACACAGGGGUCAGGGAUAAAAGCCAUUUGAGGGAGGGUGAUUCUGGAGAGGAGGAAGAGAAGAAAGACGACCACAGCUCCCAAGAGGAAGAUGAUGAAGGCUCAGAGCAGGAGGAGGAAGGCGCCCACCAUGGUGGUCUGGACCAGGAAGACGAAGAAGAUGAGGAUGAAGGUCAUGGCCUCAGCAUGAGUGAAGAGGAAGAGGAGGAAGAUGAGGAGGAAGAAGAAAAGAGGAAAGCAGAGAGGGCUGAGAUUCAGGCCUCACUGAGCCACGGUGACAAGGAAGAGGAGGAGGAGGAAGAGGAAGAGGAAGAGGAGGAGGACGAGAUCCCGCUCAUCGUCAUCCCCAACCCCCUGGCUGGGAGGGAAGUGGCUGACGGUGGCUCCAGUGAGGAGAGCGGUGAGGAUGCAGGUCCGAAGGAUGCCCAGGAGUACGGGAACUACCAGCCAGGGUCCCUGUGUGGCUACUGCACCUUCUGCAAUCGAUGCACCGAAUGUGAGAACUGUCACUGCGACGAGGAGAACAUGGGAGAACACUGCGACCAGUGCCAGCACUGCCAGUUCUGCUACCUCUGCCCGCUGGUCUGCGAGACAGUCUGCUCUCCAGGAAGCUACGUCGACUAUUUCUCCUCCUCCCUGUAUCAGGCCCUGGCAGGCAUGCUGGAGACCCCGGAACCCUGAUCUGGCCCUUGGCUGCGGCAGAUGUCCCUACCCCUGCCUUCUGACCCCUUACCAAGCGCCAUAUUUAUUUCUCUAAAUAAACGUGCUCCCCGAAAUUUGUCA